UGACGUUAUAACGUUAUUUUAAAAUGUAGUUUUCUCCCUCUUAUCGUUCACUUUCGCAUAUAAUAAACCAAAAGAAAAACGUAAGGCAGGAAUGACAUAUUUCCUGUUACGUGUGCACGGGGGAGUGUACAUGUUAAACGAUGUAAACAACAAGAGAGCGACUAGACGGAAAGGGCCGAAUGUAAUGUUGGCUUUACCAUGUUAAAUUAAAUAGUUGUAAUCACAAAUUGGAUAUCUUGUGUAAUUCUGACUAACCAUCAUGAAUCACCCAGUUACCGUCAAAGUGAAUUUCCGUGGAAGCGUGAAGAAGUUUCCCGUUGUGGAUACAGACAAAGCGCAGUGGGAGACAGUAGAGGCCUGGAUUAAAACUACUUUCGGCUUAUGUCAUUUUCAAGCAAAAUAUUUUGACGAGGACAAUGAAGAGAUAUCCAUAAACAGCCAAGAUGAGUAUGCAGAAGCUUUGAAGAGUGCUUUCAAGCAAGCCAACCAGCUACACAUGAAUGUGUAUAAGAUGAAAGGUCAGGCUGAGGGUGGACCUGUUAAAGCUGAAGUUAAAGAACACAGAAUUGAUCCCAGACCAGCACCACCAUAUCGUGCCAGAGUGAAAAUGGCAGACAAGGAGACGCAGGUGACCCCUGAGCGGGACUCAGUGGUUGUGAAAGAAAAUAAAGUGAAUAAAGUUGAAGAAGAGCCUGUCCCUGCAUGGUUCAAAUCUUACAUGGACAGAUUCAAAGAUCAGGUAGUGAGGGAGGUUGUAGACAAGAUGUGUAGUGAAUUUUCUGGCCAGUGCUGUACACACAGAGCCUCUGAUCCCCCAGAAGAGCCCAGAACCUCUGGGACUCAGAUGGCUGUAGUCAGUUCCACAACACAGAGGACCUCGAUACCUAACUGCAGCAGCUGCAAGGGACCAGCCACUGGAGGAGGAUACCACUGCAGUGUGUGUCCCUCUUGCAUCUUGUGCGAGCCGUGCAGUCACAAACAUGACCCCAGCCACAACUUGAAGAGAACGAGGACCCCCUUGUCUGUCCCAGAACGGGGAGUAACUCCAGAGCCCAGGUUCUUGCGGCGUGGAGACAGGACUGUCCGCAAGGCUGAGCGCCAGCGUCUGAAAGCUGAGCGGAGGCAGCUGAAGGCCGAAGUUAAGGAGAUUAAGAAGAAGCUGCGGUUGGAGAAGAGAGGACUGCUGUGGAGUGGAGCCACCAAUGGCACUAGCAGCUCAGGUCUUGGCCCUGCUCCUGCCCCUGCUCCUGCUCCUGGUGCAGCUGCAGCCCCAGGCCCAGAGCCUCAGGCCUCCAGUCCAGAGGGUCCCAAGGUCUCCUGCUCCACCUUGGUGCCCACAAUGACAGCCUUGUUUCUGGAUGAGAAUCUACCAGACGGAACAUGUCUGGAGCCUGGCACCAAGUUCAUCAAGUACUGGAAGAUGAGGAAUACUGGCAACAUCGGCUGGACUUCUGACACAAAGCUGAAGUUCAUGUGGGGAAACCUGGCCUUGGAGUCACAGGAGCAGAAGGAGGUGGCGGUGCCUUUCCUCAAGCCAGGCCAGGUUGGUAUGGUGAGUGUGGCAUUUGUGGCGCCCAUGCUAGAGGGCACCUACACCUCCCACUGGCGCCUGGCACACUGCGGUGUGCAGUUUGGCCCCCGAGUGUGGUGCAGCAUCGUAGUAGUCCCCAGCUCAGGCCAGAAACUCAACUCUCACUCCAGCAAAGCAUUUAUGAAUAAACACAGUGUUCUAGGAAUGGAUGUGAUGUGCUGGACUGGCUCAAGAGAUGACACCCGGGGGUCCUCCAGCAGCAAGAGAGAGUACUACAUUCCCUCUGUGGACCUGCUCACUGCACAGGAUUUGCUCUCCUUUGAGUUGCUGGAUAUAAAUAUUGUCCAAGAGUUGGAGAAGGUCCCAGCUAACACUCCAGCUGAUAUGACUCCAUGCAUGUCCCCAGUGCCACAUUACGGACCUACAUUUGGCAAGCAUGGAUUGGGCUUAGUCAAAGAGAAUGCAGAGCACACGGGCAUGAAAAAACUCCAAGUUGUGCAGCCUCAGAGACACUCUGAGAAUGUGGAUCUUCAUGUCCAUGAUGAAGGUGAUGAUGACAUCAGCGGGACUCAGUUUGUCUGUGAGACUGUAAUUAGGUCCCUCACGCUGGAGGAAGAGCCUGAGCACAAACCACGACGGGUUCGAGCCAACCACAGCAGGCCUGAGCAUCAUGACCCCACCCCGUUUAAAGAGAGGUCCUUGAUUGAGAAGAUUGACAGGCCCCUCCUGCCAAUCAUUAAGAGGCCAGAAGCUCCACCCCCAGCCCAACCACCCAUUAUACUUGAACAGCCUGAUAUCCCAGUUUUUUCAGAAAUGUUCAUUGGCUCAAAUGAGAACCUGUACACUGACCCUGCUGCUCUGGAGGAGGAGGAAGUGAAGGAGGAGGAUCAGGAUAAAGAGGAAGAGGCAGGAGAGUGGGAUGAGGUGAGCAGCCAGGCGUCCUCAGCCUCUUCAGAAGAAUACCUUGUUGUCUUGCCUGACUGCUUUGAUACCUCCAAACCCCUGGGAGAUUCUCUGUACAGCUCAGCUGUGUCCCAGGUGGGAAAUGCCUUUUGCGCAGAGCCUGAGAGAGUACAGGACCAGACCACUGCAGAGAGGGAGACAGUGGAACCAACAACCUUUAUGCAAAACAGUGUAAACAGGUUGCUAUGCACCUCUCAGAUAUUGAACACUCCUCCGCUCAUUCCUGAAGUGGCACCUACACCUGUCUCCCUGUCACCACCCCCAGUUCUCCGCACACACAGGUCAAUACAACCUUUUGUGACUGAGAUUGGAACACUGGAAUCCGAGCAGAACAGAUCAUGUCCACCAGAGAACAAAACAAAUGGAUUAGGAUCAAAACAUCUGGAGGCUCCUGCCAGUGCCUUUGAGACCUGCAGCUCUCAGGAUCCCAGGCUGCGUCAUGGUGGCCUCACUGAAGGGCUGGUGAAGGGGGCUCUCUCAGUGGCAGCAUCUGCUUACAAAGCUCUGUUCACAGGCCAGAGCAGCUCCACACAGCGGCCCAGUGCAGACCCAGCAUCUAAAGAAGCCUCAUUGAUAGCUGUGCUACAAGAAAUGGGAUUCAGUAACAAGCUGCUAAACCAGAAGCUGCUGAGGAAGCAUCAGUACAAUCUACUGGACGUGGUCAAUGAGCUGGUGCAAAUGACCGACAAUGAAUGGUACAGAACAAGGCAUUGAAGAUGGUGGAAUUGGAACCUCGAUAGGAGUGAUCUAGGAGGUGGCUGUAAUAUAUGCUGAAGUUGAGAUGUGAUUCUUUUUUUAAGUCAGGGGUUUGUGAUUUAGUGUAAGACUGCUUUAAUACAACAGUGUUGCCACACAGAACGAUUAUUCAGUUGUAUAGUUUUCAAUUAUGUUUUUAGCGCAUAAUGAAUGGAAAAUCUAAGAAAUUGCUCUAUUUGUCUGAUUUAUCUAUAUAUCUUCAAGCAGAGUAGUGUUCUAACACAUUGGAAACAUUAAUGUGAUUAGUGACUAUAAUAAUAUGCAGAGACUAGUGAGAGCGAUUGCCUUGAGAUUGUCAUGUGGUUGGUAAUGCUUUUACAAAGUCUUCACAUUUGCCAAUCAGAUGUAGGAUAUAACAGCACGUGCAGUAUUAUAUGCGCUUUGUUACCGUGACCUCUAUGAUCUCAUUUUGAGUAACACUAAUUGCUGUAAUGUUUAACCAUAUGACACUAAGGUGGUGGUUUUCCAACACAUAUAAAAUGUGCAAUGACUUGUUGAAUCAUGCUUAACAUAGCCAGUGAUUGGUUGAAAUUUUGCUAGACAACAGGUGUUUGUUGUCCUCUGUGUAAUAACAAUGUGAUCAUGGAGCUAAUGGCUUAAGUUAAUGUGAUUCUUGGUGUCCAGGAAAUAAAACAUUCCAUAUUAAUUUACGGUUGGAAUUACUUACUUUCAUGUUUGUGCACAGUAGUUUUGUUUAUAAAUGACAAUAAUUCAAACUGUCAUCUAAUGCAAUCUAAAGAAAAUUAUGCUGCUUUCUUGGUCUCACCACAAAAUAAACAUUUAGUAUUGUUUUUAAACAUAUAUAAACAUGUUAUUGUCUGUAACACAGGAAAAAUUAUUAGUAGUUGAUGUUCAUGUUAAAGACAUAAUCUUCUGUGAGGAGAUUAUGCUGUAGUGAAAUGAAAGUUUUGCCUAAUGUCUUUUUCCCAUUCAGUCAGCUUCCAUUUUUUGAGAGAUAGGAACUCUUGUCAUUUUUUUCAGCCACUUUACCCCAAAAAAUAUAAGGGAGAAGAAAACUGAAGUGAAAACUUUUUCUAGUUUUCUACUGCUGAUUGAAGUGUCUGUUUGUUCAAUGCUUUAUUGAUCAAAUACAGUUGCAGAAAAGAGUGUUUAUCAUAAAACAUGCUUUUUCUGUUUUAUGCCUCUGUCCUCCUAUGAAUUUUGAUGUAGUUAUGCUGCGUCAACUUACCAAAUGGGAUAAAGGAGGAAGCAUACACACAUAUACUAUAUACAGACAGGUGACAAAUGAAAGGAAAACCCCUGGAUGAAUGCAUGGAGAAACAUAACACUUUGUAUGCUUCCAUUCCAGACAUGAUACUAUUAAGCACUUAACAUACCUACCAUGCAAUGGGGCAUGUAUAAAAAUUCUGAGCAAGCCCAGUUGACUUCUAUUUCAGGUCAAGAAGGCAAGCGGAAAAGAGUUUGAAAAAGAGUUAAUUAAGGAUAGUAAAUUAAAAUAGGCAUUUAGAUAUUUUGUGUAUUGUGGUCAAAAGUAUGACUGAUCCUCCUGCUUUAGUGUGAUAUGUAAGGAAAAGCACAACAGGAACUGUUCUUCAGCUGACUGAAUGUAAAUUCGGGAUGUGAUGAAACUUUCAUAGAGAUGCACCGAUGUAUAAAGACAGUUAUUCACACUAUGGGCCAUUGGCCGUUAAUUUAAAAAGAUCCAGUAAUCAGGGCCAAUUAUAUCCUGUCAAUCAAAAGAUGCCAGGAAAACACAUCGAUUUUGUGCUGUGUGUAAAGAUGAUGUCUCUUGUGUGGAAUGAUGACUACAGCUUGUAAGCUCUUUAAUCUCUGCACUGCUAAAAUUUUACACCGGAAGUAAGCAGCAGUGAAGCGGGAAUUUCGGUGUGAGUCUAAUUGUAUAAUUUUUUUUUUUUUUAAUUUUCCCCCAUGCUGCCUGCUGGCCUUCGUGCUGAAUUAAAGGGCCAUUACACCAUUGAAAGAUUUAAAUGAAGAUGAGUUGACAAAAGCUAUAUAUUGCACAGAAAAAUAUAUUUGUAGAGUAGUAUAUUUCAUAUCCAGUUAAUGUUAAUAUAUAUAUAAAAAGUUGAUAUUAUAUAUUACCAGUUUGAUGUCAAUGAAGUAGAAAUGCUUUUGUUUGUGGAGAGUGAAUGUGAGCCUAACAGGAGGUUUUUUUUUUUUUUUAGAAUUCAGUCAAUGUUGAUAUGAAUUAAUAACAUUCAAUAAGUUAAGAAAUCUUACUUUAAUCUGCAGAAUUGAGUUCAUCUGUUAAUGUUAAUGUGAGUAAUGUGUUUUCUGUUUAUGAGACCAGUUACUGUGAAACAACUUGUUGAAAUGGAGAGAAUAAAGUUUUUAUUUGCA